AUGUCCUUGUCCCUGCUGGAGAGUUAUCAUCAGGUGCUACCGGGGUGGCCACCAAACCCAGCAGAGACAAGCGAGACCCCGACACACAUCGGCGGGACGACGCUGUUCGGGGAUAACGUGGAGGACGAGUGGUUCAUCGUCUACCUGGUGCGGGAGAUCACUAGGGAGUUCCCGGGGCUGGCAGCCAGCAUCGAUGACGACGAUGGGGAGUUUCUCUUGAUAGAAGCAGCUGAUUUUCUCCCUAAGUGGCUGAAUCCUGAGAACAGUGAGAACAGGGUGUUCUUUUACAAGGGAGAACUGCACAUCAUUCCCCUGGCAGAGACUGAGGAGCAGGGAUGUGACCUGCCUGCUGCCAGCCCAACAAUCUCACAGGCACUGACACUGUUAUCCCAGCGCUCUGAGGAGUUCCUGGCUGCAGAGUCCAUCAGAGCAGCCAUUGACAAACGCAUCAGUGGGUAUCCUGAGAAAAUCCAGGCCUCGUUCCACCGGGCCCACUGCUACCUUCCAGUAGGCAUCGCAGCAGUGCUGAAGCAGCGCCCCUCGCUGGUGGCCCCGGCAGUCCAGGCCUUUUACCUGCGGGAUCCAGGGGAUUUAAGAGCCUGUCGUUGCUUUCGAACUUUCCCUCCAGACCAGCGCGUCAUGACUCUUGUGACUUUCACAAAGUGUUUAUAUGCCCAGCUGGUGCAGCAGAAGUUUGUUCCAGACAGACGCAGUGGAUACACCCUGCCCCUCCCAUCUCACCCUCAGUACAAAGCCCACGAGCUGGGCAUGAAACUGGCUCAUGGCUUUGAAAUAUUGUGCUCCAAGUGCAGUGAAGUGUCUCCUGGUGCCAAGAGAAAUGUGUUAAGUGGCCCCCUGUGGGAGAGAUUCCUCAACAGCCUGGAGGAAAAACAGUAUUUCAAGGGAGAAAUGAAAGGAUCUGCUAAGUACUUGGAACGGCUGCGUAUGGCAGAAGAUUACUUCCAGCAAUCUGUUACCCAGCCAGAAAGCUCUGAAGUGAGCCCAGGUGAUGAAAUCUUGAAGUUGCUACAGACAACAACCAUUGACUUGAAGGAGUUUGAGAGAGAAGCAGCUUGCCUUCCUCCAGAGGAUGAUGACAGUUGGCUGGAGAUCACACCAGAUGAUCUGGAUAAGAUGCUGAAGGAGGCAAGAAAUGACUCCCCUGCUUCCUCACACGAGGAAGAGCAGGAAUAUGACUUGGAAGCAGUUGCUGAAAGUAUGAAAGCUUUUGUGUCCAAAGUCUCGACACAUGAAGGAGCAGAAAUGCCAUGGUCAGCUGAUGAAUCCCAUGUUACCUUCGAUGUAGAUUCUUUCACAAAAGCUUUGGACAGAAUUUUAGACUCAGACUCAGAAGAGCUGGAUUCUGAUGAUCUGGAUGAAGAGCAGGAGUUUGUCACCUCAGAGGAGGAUGAUGAAGACUUAGAUGCUGAAAACCAAAGGCAAGACCAGGACCCUAACGAGCUGAUAGGCAGUCUCAAGUCAUACAUGGAUGAGAUGGACCAGGAACUGGCACAAACCCAUGUUGGUAAAAGUUUCAUCACCCAAAAGAAAGGGGCAAGCUCUGUUAAUGCAGCCACAUCUCAGAGUGCUGGCCCUGAUUCUGGAUCUGAAGAGACUGAGUUGACACCAGUUGAUGUGGAUAUGAACCUAGUAACUAACCUGCUUGAAUCCUACAGUGCUCAGUCUGGGCUGGCAGGGCCCACCUCUAACAUUUUACAGAGCAUGGGAGUGUUUUUGCCUGAAAAUGCAGAUCAUGCUGCCUCUGAUAAGGGAGGAACAGAAUAA